AUGAUUAUUGCUAACAAUUUGGUGCCCCUUGAUGAAAGAUUCAACGAGAAGAAUCAAAGCAACAACGAAGCCGGCGAUGAAACUGGUGAACAAAGAACCCACAAAAUCAACCUCAAAAAUAAUGAAACCACAAAGGAAGAAUAUAAACUUAAACUGGGAGACGAGAUAGCGCAAGGAAUGAUCUCACGUGAAAUCAAACAAAAAUAUAUACAUAGUGAACCGUAUAAGAAAAUGGAACACGAAAAAAAAUACGUUAUUUUGCAUAGAACAAGUAAAUUACAAUUUGCAGCAAGAAGAGGUCGUAACCUAUGCUAUACAUCUGGUCCGAAUCCUUCAAACCAAUUUCAAGGUGCUAUCACAGAGCAUAAGUUGCAACCAAAUUUUUAA